AUGAAGCUUCAGCUACCAAAAUUCUUGCUAGAUACCUCAAAUCCAGCCGGGUAUUCUGUACGUGUCGUUAUUGACUUUGUCAAUGGAAGCACACGUCUAGUUCGUAAAUGUACGAAGCCAGAUCGUAAGGAAUACAUGAGAAUUCUCAACGCUUGCGGUGUCGGAUUUUUAAUUAUGGGAUUUAUUGGCUAUUUCGUGAAGCUACUCUUCAUUCCCGUUAACAACAUACUCGUCGAUAUGCUUGUUCUUAGAAGUUGA